UUCGUUUGCAAUUAUUUCAGAUGAUUACGAGUUUACAAUUUGAAAUCUAAGAAAGAAUAGAUUCUAUUUAAGGUUCAGCAGUUUCUGCUUGCUCAAGCAGCCAGUCUACUAGCCAGCUGAGUAUGCAGACUGCAGCAGGAAAAUACUACAGAAAGGUGGAACUUUUACAUUCGGCUGCAGAUUUGCAUACACACAGCAGCUGCUACAUUGCUGUAUUAUCAGUAUUGUUGUUGGCACCGACAGUGUCUGGCCUCACCAUUUCACCCACAGUCGUGAUGCAACAUGACGACAUGUCUCUACAUUGUCCGUUUUCCAUCAGAAAUUGUAACUGUGAUAACAUCAUAUGGUACAAGGACAACACUAUACUUCAGACGAACACACCAAAUCACAUACAGACAGCAUCAAAAUCAAUUGUCCACAUUAAGCGUGUGACAACAAGAGACUCGGGUUACUACAGAUGCGAAGCACAAGUGAAUGGGAGAGUAGUCAGGAAUUCACAAGCCAAGCUGAUGGUUCAACAACCAGUAGUUGUUAACAUCAACCCACACAAAGACAGAGUCCAAGUUGGUGAUUCAGUGACCAUAACCUGCACUGCUCACAACGCUUUUCUCACAUUAUGGCAAUUCAAUGGUCGACAACUAGACAAACAUUCAUUACGAUCGCAACACACGAUUGCAACAGAACAACAUGGCAAUGACGCUCACUCCACGUUGAUGAUUACAAACAUUCAGAGAGAAGACAAAGGAACAUACAUGUGCCGAGGAUUGAGCGAAGUAGCAUCUAAGGCAUCUUCGACAGAACUUAUUAUAGAAUAUGCUCCUUCUAUUAACAUCACAUCCAGCAGACAAGGUGUGGUGACAUCGGGUCGGCAAGUCAGUCUACAAUGUCAUGCUAAUGCACAGCCACUUGCUGAGAUUGAGUGGUACUACAAUGGGACUUUUGUGACAAAUCGUACAAGCAAGCUGUCGUUUGGCAAUCUUCAGGUGGAAGAUAGUGGUGUGUAUGAAUGUCGAGCAACGAAUCGUUUGGGCACUGCAAUCGCAUCAACUCAUCUUAGAAUUAAAGAUAGAUUAACUUUCUACCUAGAGAAGUCACACCAGACUGUUCAUCUUGGUCAUUUUCUACAAGUCCCAGUGAAUGUCAACCACAGCCAUCCUCACAUCACUUGGUUUAAAGGAGGAAAAAGGAUUUCCUUUGAAUCAGACAAACAUUACAAAAUGGAUGACAAAGGGUCACUAUUUGUUCUUGGUGCUGUAAAAGAAGACAAUGCAACGUUUAAGUAUCGUCUGCAUUUGUCAGAGAUUGCUGUCAUCCAAGAAUGUGUUGUCACAGUCUUAUAUCCUCCAUCACCCGUCAGGAACCUGACAGUUCUUAUAAACAAGUCAACACACGGGAUAACAGCGGCAAUCCUCUCUUGGCAGAAACCAUUAGACAACGGCAAUAGCCAGUUGGCUUCAUAUCGCGUGACAAGUCGCAAAACCUCCUCUCCCCACUACACCAUUACCACAUCAGUCACCAUUCCUGCAGAGCAAGUAACACUAGAGGUGACCAUCAACGAGACAGCAGUCUGGAUGUUUAGUGUCAUCGCAGAGAACACAAAAGGAUACAACAGCAGCACUCGAUCAACACAGAAAUUCAAUCUUGUUGUGCGUGUGCGAUCACCUCGUCCUCCAUUUUCUCCUCCAGUCAGCAAAUACACAACGUUGACAUUCAGGCUGCUCCUAGUGAAGACACGAUGCAGUGACGAGACAAGUCACGUGACCAGUGAUGCAGUGAGAUCUCGACUUGUACAAAUCAUCAAUUCUCUGUCUCCGGAAUUUCGAAUUUCAGAUGAAGCUUUGCAUGUCGUUGAUCUUGACCGUUAUGGCGGUGAAGGGAUUUCCUUGUUAGCAAAUGUAUUGUAUGACAGAGGGAACGCACAACACAUUGCCACACGACUGACUGAUUGGGUAAAGUCUCAGUCUGAUAGUCGGGUAGUAACAUUGUCUGGAAUUCCUCUCACAGUGAGUUACACCUGCCCGACGGUCGUUGAUAUGCGUGAUGGAGUUCACAGCCAUCAACUCUGUCCGAUCACUUGGGAUGAAGGAAUAUUGGAUUGUAGCAAAUCUAUGACGUCGAGAUACGUUCAACUGAAGAAGUGGUUGAUAAUACUAUCUGCUGUGUUGGGUGCCAUUUUUGUAACACUCCUUGUUGUCAUCAUUGUUGUGAUGAUUGCGAACAGAGAGCGUGGAAAUAAGACACAGAGAAGAUCAACGGAAUGUGUACAUGGAACCCAACGUGAACAAGCUAAGUCAGAUCAGCUUCACCGGACACGCUCCCAUCUCCAACAAAGUCAAACUCCCAAUCCACAAAACAACAGCAAGCGUGAUGACACAAGCAAUCCACCUCACACUACACCUGAGCCUAUUUACAUGAAUACACAGGGAUCUGUCAGUGUAACUACAGAUGUGACACCAAACGUCACUUAAUGAAGAGCAACAAACUGUUGUUGGUUGCUAUGGAGACACCUUGACAGGUUUGCUCCAGAACAUAUUAAUUAAGCAAACAAUAUAUGUAGUGUUAUAUGAUAAUAUUAUAUUAUUUUUAUUUGCACUAUAAACUAAUAUAAUUAAUUAUUUUCCUAUUGUGUUUCAAGUACAUGAUAUCUAC